AUGGUCUCCCAAAUACUACGCAACACAUUGAGACGCUCCUAUGCUACCACAACUACCGCCUCCACUGCCUCAUUAGCCAAACCUCCACGUAAAAUUGGCGCCGUCAGAGGCGGCUUCCUUGGCUUCUUGUUGGGGGUCUCUGUCACUGGUUUUGGCUCAUAUUAUUACUUGAUUGACGAGUACAGAGCCGCUAACAAGGCAAUUGUCGGUGAUGUUUUGUCUUUGGAAAAGACUAUUAGUUCAUUGGAAGAGCACGUUCGUGUCUUGGAAUCAAAGGUUAACAAAUAA